AUGACACCUGGACCUUCCUUCACCGUGCCCAGCACACUCAGCCCGCCUCCCGCUGCUCCUGCCGAGUCGCAUCCUAUCACAUCGGCAUCCUCUGCAUCUGUCGCCGCGCCGAAUCAACAGAAUGCAAACAUUGAGCCGCUCAACAGCAGCAACACUGAUGCUGUUCACGACACCAGCGCUGGGCCGAGCAGCAACAGCGGCUUGAGGCGAUCAGAUCCCGUCGCGCCUGUUCAGCCCAAGCAUUGUGCCCACUGUGGCCUGCUGCUUGAGGCCGCUCCGUCGUCCCAUGAUCGUCAUCCGGGCCUCCCUCGCACAUCGUCGUCUGCAUCCAUCUCGGCUCCCAGCCCAUCGUCGUACGCUUUUGCGCCAGACUCGAUUCGCUCGCAACAUCGCCUUCAGCCGCAUCAGAGCCUCACCUCUGCCAUAAAUGCGGCUGCCGUGGUAGCUCUCUCCCGCAUCCUCGGCAGCGACGAGCCGGUUCCCACCGAUGCAGACGGCCACGCAAUCUGCGCGCAGUGUGCUGAUCAACUCGCGGGUUCAGCGACGUCCUCUGCAACCACCGUCACCCAGCAACGCCAGAGUCGUCCAGCAAGCCACGCAAUCGAACACAGCAACCUGCAGUCAGGAUCUGCCACUGCCACUCCCGCCAACGCUCCAUCCAUUGCAGACGAUACCUCCAGAGAUGCACCUCAGACUCGUCUCACGAUCUCAGUGGACAACAUGGGGGCAGGUGGCGAUGCUGCUAUGACCCAGUCAGUCGACGAUGUCCACAUGCAGGACCCUUCCAGCUUCCCGCCUCUGGAGCGCGCACCCAUCACUCCAGCUUUGAGAGCGCCGCCUUCGCCUUCGGGUGCUGGGCGCUCCACAAGCCGUGGCAGAAUCCGUUUCGCCGACACGCCCGAGUCUCACGCAGCCGAUGCGCACGAACAGGGCCAUGCUCGAACUUCGGUCACGUCCUCUUCGGUCCUGGGCAGAUCAGGCAGCUUUUCGAGGAGCCUCAGCUACAACGGUCCAGAGAGUGUAAGCUCAUCCUCUGCCCCUGUCGUGGUCAGCUUCCCCGCGUCCCUCGCAGCUACUCCUGCAUCCGAGGACGCUCCGUCGUCGAGCAUCCAGAGCACUCACCCUCUUGCACCUUCUGCAUCUUCAUCUGCUCUCACCUCGAAUCCACAGCCGAGGUCACGAAGCAGCAGCAACGUCCGCGCGUCCGGGGCCUUGCAAUCUCACGUGGUCUCGCCACCGACAGCCAUUGGACUCAAGCAACGUCGGCCGUCUUCUGCGCGUCGUCUGAGUCGUUCGAGCUCUUCGACAGGUCCAACCACCAUAUCCUUCGCCGCCGCCGGUAGCUCUGCCGAAGCAGCAGCAGUCUCGAGCUCUUUGUCCAAGAACGAUGAUCCCUUCGGACCAGGAGCAGUCACACGUCCAAGGCUCAGCGACGUCCCCACACACAUUAUCGCCGACGAGCUAUACAACUCGGCGAGGCACACGCGACCAGCAUCACUCAUAUCGGGUUCCACAUCGACAUCGCUCGCUGCAUCGUCCGCUCAGCAAGCCGCCGGGAUCGACCCAACUAGAGCUGUGCGAUAUCACUUGGAUCCGCUCGCCUUUCCCGAACCUGCACCGACGUUUGCGCGCUCAGCCGAUGGCAAGAAGCGCGAGGACGAAGCGGUCGGUAUGGACAUUGACGACGACAGGGUGUCGCACGGUCUCGCCGCCAAGUGGGGUGACGUGCGUUGGUUCGAUCCGUACAAACCUGAUCCGCUCGCCGAGCUGUCACGCCUGCGCAAUCCACCUAGAGGUAGAGGAUGCCUCUACCCAGGUGCCACGUUUAACGGCACGCAGAAGUCCGGUCGCAACUCGUACGACGUCACCGUGCGCGUCGUCAACGUCGACCUGGAAGCGUCGCACCUCUGCGGCUACCUCAACAUCCGCGGACUCACCGAGGACUGGCCGGAGCUCACCACGUACUUUGACGCCGAGAUCAUCGGCGAUCGCUACGGUUUCGUCACGGGCAAGUGGGGUGCGACCGAAGCGGAUGAUCUGAAGCACUGGGCCCGGUUCGCGCCGUUCCGACCGCUCAGGUCGGCGUUGUCGAAACCGGGAUUGAGGUUCAACCAUAUGAACAAGCCGUUUGUGUUUAUGCGAUGGAAGGAGAAGUUCUUGGUACCGGAUCACAGGGUGAGGGAUAUCAACGGUGCUAGUUUUGCCGGAUUUUAUUACGUUUGUGUGGAGUUGGGGGAGAGUGCGGGACGAGAGGGGAGGGGGAGGAGGGAUAGCGAUGUUUCGAUGACGAGUGGAAAUGGAGCAGGGGGACUGUCGAAUGCGAGUUCGCCGGUUCUGAACCAGGCUUCGAACGUCAUCGGUGGACCCGCGGUGUCCGGUCAACAGUGGUACGCAGCACGAACGCAGCGUCGACGAGAACUGUCGCUCUCCUCGCCCACGAGCAACCCGGUUGCGUCGACGCAGACGUACUACCAUCCGAUCUAUCACCCGCACUCACCGCUUCCACCGUCGGGACCUGGAUUCUGGCCUGCUUCUCCCACCAGUCCACAAAUGCCCUUCGGAGGUGCUGGUGAAGGAGGAAGGGAAGAUGCAUUUGCGACUAUGUUCGGUGAAGCAAGAGCAGGAGCGGGGAUGGUGGUGGAAGACGAUCUGGGUGCGAUGGGGAGGAUGUCCGGAUUCUACUUUCAUGAGAACUCGGAACCGUACCAGCAGCUGAGCCUGCAUCAUACGGCGGAAGCUAGUUCGAGCGGCUUCGAGAUGCGCUAA